CCACUCCUCUAAAUCAUUUGGAAAUUACGCUCCCACCCAGCGUAUACUAGCCUGCCCAGUGCCCACCACCUAACCAACUCAUAUCUUUCCGUGUAUCCCCCUUCUUCCACAACAUCCACCUCUCUCUCUCUCUCUCUCUCUCUCUCUCUCUUUGUUUGUGCUAAAUUAGGGUUUCCUGCGGAAUCAGCCGUUUCUUUCUGUCUUUCUAUCUCCCCCUUCUGAAACCCUCUGUGAUAUCAAUGCCUGGAAAUUUCUUCCUUGAGGAUUCCGUACACGGUGCCAAACCGCUCCAUUUCACGGGCUGUUUGGCCUUGUCUUUGGAUAUUUCGGUUCAGUCGGCUUCGACUCGCUUUCCCUGAUUUAUUGUUUAGGGUUCGAGUCCCCGAUGCCGCCCAGCAGAAGGAAAGGGGUUAGCAAAGCCGCCGCAGCUGCCGCGGCGCGCCGGCAAUGGAAGGUUGGCGAUCUUGUGCUCGCCAAAGUCAAAGGGUUCCCUGCCUGGCCUGCUAAGGUAGGAGAGCCAGAGAGAUUGGGUUUCACAGCUGAUUGGAAGAAAGUGGUCGUCCACUUCUUUGGCACCAAGCCGGAACAGAUAGGCUUCUGCAAUCCUGCUGAUGUUGAAGCAUUUACUGAAGAGAAGAAACAGUCUCUUCUGGUCAAACGGCAGGGCAGGAGUGCUGAUUUUUUACGGGCCAUACAGGAGAUUAUUGAUAGUUAUGAGAAGUUAAAGGAACAGGACCAACUCAACAAUUUUAACUCCAAUGAUGAUUUGACACCAGCAAAGGGCGGGGAUUCAGUAGAUUUAUCAGCCAGGCACCUUGGAGAAAAUGAUCAGAAAGAAGCUUCUGAAGCGACUCUUAAUUCAGAGUUAAAAACUUCGUAUUCUACAAUAGAUAAAAAUGAGCCAAGUCUUCUGGUUGAGGGUACCUUAGAUGCAACACCCAACUUUGAUAUGCUUAAUAAAGAAGCCUUAGGGGAGGAAUCCGCUGAUACUGCAGUGGUUACAGAAACACCUUCGUUGACUACUUACUAUUCAAAAAAAAGAUCUAGUCUCUCACAACCACGGAGCAGUGUCACACAAACAAAGGCUCAAAGGUCUAGAAGCUCAUCAAGGCUGGAAUCCCGUCGAUCCCAAAGCUUCAUGAUGCCAUGUAAUGGAGGUGGCAAGAAUGCUGGAGACAUAAUAGCCAAUGUAAUUCCAGAUGGUUCUUUAAGAAGGAAUAAGAGGAUCAGGAAAUCAUCAGAUGUGUCUGAGUCAGAUGAUGUUGAUUCUGCUGCUUUUGUUUCAAAUGGUAGCAUUGAAGGAAAUAGUUCUGAAAUUGCAACAGUUGACUCUGAUGCCUUCAGUCUAAAUGAAGGUAGCACGAUAGAGUCUGGUUGUAAACUUGAGCACUCUGACAUGGUUGUUGAAUGUUUGGAUGGAGAUUUUAAGUUGAGCAAAGCACUUGAUCUUCAAAUAAAGGCUGUUUUCAUUAAGAAGAAAAGGAAACCAAACAGAAAACGAGUAACUAAUAAUACAGCUGGGCCUCCCGCUACAUUGGACAAGGACAUGGGUUUGGAGGUUUUAGCGCAGAAUGCCAGUCUAAAUUCACAAAGUUAUGAAAAGAUGAAUGAAAGGUGUUUGAAGGAAGAUGGAGAUGAGCACCUACCUUUGGUGAAACGAGCAAGGGUGCGGAUGGGAAAAUCAUCUUCUGUGGAGGAGCUCAGCUGCUGUUCACAAACAGAAGGGAGAAUUAUGGAGGAAUUGAUGGUUAAUCGAUCAGAGCAGAUUGGCAUUGCUGCGAAAGGUGACAAUAAUAAUCUUGCUGACGGGGACUCAUGUUUGGUGAAUGGAACUCUGGAUAAUGUAUCAUCACCUUCAGAACGUUGCAAUCAACUUUUGGCAAAUAGAACUCUGCCUUGGAAAGUUCGGAAUGAACAAUCAUUUGGCUGCUCAGUGGAUGGCGAAGCUGCUUUACCUCCAUCUAAACGGCUUCAUCGUGCUCUGGAAGCCAUGUCAGCCAAUGCUGCUGAAGAAGGUCGAGUAUGUAAUGAAGCAUCACCUACCUUAAAGACUCUAGAUAGCGGCUGUUAUAUCCCUCACAUGGCUGGGGAAAGCAAAGUAGGGAAUGGUCUGGAUUUGCUGUAUAUGGACUCUCAUGGCAGUAUUUCUACUCCAGUUGGAGGUUCUGGAUUUGCUACAAGUCUAAAUCCAAUAAUCUUGGAGGAAAAUAUUAAAUCAUCAAUGGAUAUGGACUUCUGCAAUCAGCCGGUUGAUAUUUAUAAGACCCAAAAGGAUAAAUCUUCCGAGGAUGUCUUCCCUGAUGCUGGGGACCAUAUUGAUUUAGGGUCUUUUGGCACUCAUGCUGUUAGAACUACAGUUCCAACACAAAGUCCAGGGUAUUUGUCUCCAAAUAUUGGUGAAAGACAGGCUAAUUCUGGUUUCAAUGAGACUUCAUCGGUUCCUUUGUCAUCUCCAAAGAAUGGAGAUGAUACGGAAAAUACCCAAUCGAGCAAUUGUAAAACCAAAAUUUGUGAUAAAGGUGUUGGUCCUUCAGAGAAUACUGGGAUGAGUGCAGGCCCUGUCUCCUGUUUUAAAGAGAUUCUUAAAGCUUCACCUGGGAAGUGUUCCUUUGCACUUCAGUACAGGGCAGAGGUGGGUGCUGGUUGUGAGGAUGAUAAAUGUUCGGAGCGUUCGCUGGAUGAGAAACAGAAAGUAAACGGCAUGUGUGAGGUUGUUAAAGAUGUCAAACAUUAUCAUUCAAAGGAGCGUCCUAGUUCUAGUUCCUUUUCUGAUGAUCACCUUGGUGAAAAGGACAUCUUGGGCAUCAGGUCAAGUCCAUCAACAACAGAUGCGGGAGAUUCUCUUGCACAAGCAUCUCCCCUCCAUACCUCAAAUCAUAACAUGUCCACUUCAGAUAGUAGUACUUUUGUUCAAAAUAAUGGCAGCUGUACUCCUUAUAUGCAUUUGCAUUGCAAGAAAACUUUGUGUGCUUCACUUGUUGAAGAAGAAAAAAUUGAGUCAGCGGCAACUCAAAGACCAAAAUCUGUAGGCAAUCAUGGGGAGGCACAUGUUGCUCUAUCAUCUUUUGAGGCAAUGCUUGGAACAUUGACAAGGACAAAGGAGAGCAUCGGUCGGGCCACACGCAUUGCUAUUGACUGUGCAAAGUUCGGUGUGGCUGCUAAGGUGGUGGAAAUCCUUGCUCGAAAUUUGGAAACGGAAUCAAGUUUACAUCGGAGAGUGGACUUAUUCUUCCUUGUAGAUUCUAUUACUCAAUGUUCUCGAGGUUUGAAAGGUGAUGUUGGUGGUAUCUACCCUUCUGCUAUCCAAGCAGUGCUGCCACGCUUAUUGUCAGCUGCUGCUCCUCCUGGAAAUACGGCACACGAAAAUCGUAAGCAGUGUCUUAGGGUUUUGAGACUUUGGUUAGAAAGGAAGAUCCUUCCAGAAUCCAUUGUACGUCACCAUAUGCGGGAAUUGGAUUCCCUUAGCGAUUCAUCUUCUGCUGGUCCCUACUCUCGGCGCUCAUCAAGGACCGAAAGAGCCUUAGAUGAUCCUGUUAGAGAAAUGGAGGGUAUGCUUGUCGACGAAUAUGGAAGCAAUUCAAGCUUUCAGCUUCCUGGGUUUUGUAUGCCCCGUAUGCUCAAGGAUGACCAUGAAGGAAGUGAUUCUGAUGGAGAGAGUUUUGAAGCAGUCACUCCUGAGCAUAAUUUCGAAUCUCGUGAAGAACAUGAAUCGAUCCCUGCAAUCAAAAAGCAUAGACAUAUCUUGGAAGAUGUUGAUGGUGAACUUGAAAUGGAGGACGUGGCUCCCUCUUGUGAAGUGGAAUCAAGUUCAUCUUUUCAAGUUGCUGAAGUCAAUGCUGUUCAGACUUUGCUUAAUCAGUAUGAACAGCAUAUUCCACUGCCCUUUGCUCCCCCACUUCCUCAAGAUGUGCCACCUUCAUCCCCACCACUACCGUCAUCCCCUCCACCUCCUCCUCCUCCGCCACCCCCUAUCCCCCCUCCAUCUUCUACGUCUGAUACCUACACCUGUGGUGUUGAUUCCCAGCUUUACAUGGGUACACAUAAUAUCCGAGACAACUUAGUUCAAUCUGUGGUUCAGCAGCCUGUUGCACCAAGAGUUGACCAAACAGUACAUUACCGUUCUCCUGAAUGUAGAGAUCCUCAAAUGCAGAUGCCUGAGUCUGCCUCCUGCUCUUUCAGCAAUUUUUCUGUACAACCAGUGAAUAACGGUCGCCAAACUAAUGGUGAUACCUUGCGUGAUAAGGCCUACUCUUUACAACCACCUCAGCCUGCACCAUCAAAUCAGUUCUCUUAUUCUCGGGGAGAUCAGCGUGUAAGGCCUCGGAGGGAUGUACCACCGCCUUCCUACUCCAGCAGAUUCCACCAUGUGCAGAAUGUUGGUAGAGAAAACUCUUAUAAUAACCACGAGAGAAUGAAACCGCCCCCAUAUGAGCUUCAUGAGCGCUGGAGGUUUGCUGCACCCUUUUCAGGUCCAAGAUAUCCUGACAAAGGAAAAAUGUCAUAUGCGUCUGCUCCAUUUGAUGGCCCUCCAUGUGAGCCCACAAGAUUACCAUGCCAGGGAUGGAGAUUUCCCCCUCGCACAAUGAAUCACAGAAACUCCAUAUCUGUUAGACCCCCGUUUGAUGGUCCAAUUCCAGUGGCAGGCAGAGGUUCCAACACUACGAAAAUCAAGCUCCUCAACGUAAGCAGCUGCUGUAACGUGAGGCACUCCCGAAGUCCCCCCCUCUCAACCUCAGAACUUCUUCUGGUGCUCCAAUCUCAGAAGGAAAAUCCUGAUAAAUCGAAUCAGCGUCAAAUACAUAAAACAAGAAAGGUGAAACUUUUCCAUUCCAGAGACGCAAACAUGGGUGCUUCUCAGUCAGUCACAGAGCAAUCUAUCCAUGAAUUCACUGUCAAGGACGCGAAGGGUAAGGACGUUGAGCUCAGCAUAUACAAAGGAAAGGUCCUUCUUGUGGUUAACGUUGCAUCCAAAUGUGGGUUUACAGAUUCGAAUUACACCCAGUUGACUGAGCUUUACAGCGGAUACAAGGACAAAGGUUUGGAGAUCUUGGCAUUUCCAUGCAAUCAGUUUUUAAAACAAGAGCCUGGGACAAGUGAGGAGACGGAACAAUUUGCAUGCACAAGAUACAAAGCUGAAUAUCCAAUAUUUCAAAAGGUUCGUUGCAAUGGGCCAAAUACAGCGCCUCUCUACAGGUUCCUCAAAGCAAGUAAAACUGGAUUCAUGGGGUCUAGGAUAAAGUGGAAUUUCACCAAGUUCUUGGUGGAUAAGGAAGGUCAUGUCAUCGAACGCUAUGGCCCAACCACUACUCCUUUGUCCAUUGAGGCCGACAUCAAGAAAGCACUGGGAAUUGCAUGAGACUUAAGUAGUUGGUUCAGCUCGAAUGAAGAAAGUUAAUUAUGGACAUCAAUAAAUGAGCAAAUGUACUAUAUUGGAGCCACUAUCCUCUGCUGUUACGUUUUAGACAUUCUCAUGUCACAUAUCUGUAUUUGCUUUUUGGUACCCCACUUCAACUGUGUCUAGUUUUUAUUGUAAUUGCCAGGUUCUAUGUUUUUGUAUGGUUUGAAUGGCAUUAGAACUCUAUCCAUUUAAUAUUGUUGUUCAAUGGAAGUGCAAAUUAUUUUGUUUGGAACAA